AUGAAGCGACACGAGGCCGAGUCUCAACUGGAAUUCACUGGUUUCAUCAUCUUCGAGAACAAGCUCAAGCCGACCACGGCACCUAUACUGACUGAGCUGCUUGAGUCGAACAUCAGUACGACGAUGGUGACAGGUGACAACAUCUUGACUGCUAUUAGUGUUGCUCGUGAAUGCAACUUGAUCAACAAGACCGCACACUGCUUUGUUCCGAGAUUCAUAGAAGCUGACGUCGACGCAUCGUUGGCAUACAACAUCAAUGACAUCCGCAACUACUCUCUAGCAGUCAGCGGCGAGGUUUUCCGCUGGAUUGUGGACUUCGCGCCUCCAUUGGUGUUGCAGAGAAUGCUGGUCCGUGGUCGAGUGUUCGCGCGCAUGUCUCCAGAUGAGAAACACGAACUGGUCGAGAAACUGCAAGCGAUCGGGUACUGCUGUGGCUUUUGCGGUGACGGUGCGAAUGAUUGCGGCGCUCUUAAGGCUGCAGAUGUUGGCAUCUCCCUCUCAGAGGCGGAAGCUUCCGUUGCAGCUCCGUUCACGUCACGCGUCUUCGACAUCGGUUGCGUUCCCCAGGUUAUCCGCGAGGGCCGUGCCGCACUUGUGACGAGCUUCAGUUGCUUCAAGUACAUGAGUUUGUACUCGGCCAUCCAGUUCACGUCUGUCAGCUUUCUCUACGCCACAGCUUCCAAUCUCGGCGACUUUCAAUUUCUGUUCAUAGAUCUGCUAUUGAUUCUUCCUAUUGCCAUUUUCAUGAGCUGGGCCGGGCCAUACCCUGUCCUAUCACGAAAGCGACCGACCGCAGACCUCGUCUCGCGCAAGGUGCUCAUACCAUUGCUGGGCCAGAUGGUCAUUUGUAUCUUCGUGCAAACUGCUGUAUAUAUCGCCGUGAGAAAGCAGCCAUGGUACGUUCCCCCACGUGUCAACCAUGACAAGUCGAAUAUCAAGAACUCGGAAAAUACGGUUCUGUUCUUGGUGUCCUGUUUCGAGUACAUCUUGGCGGGCGUAGUACUCAACGCGGGUCCUCCCUUCAGGGAAAAGGCGCUGAAGAACUGUAAGUGA